AUGAGAAUGAUCCUAUCGGCCGUCGAAUUUGCCGACCUCGCCUGGCUGACAGGACUUCUUACCCUGGUAGCUGUCCUUAGUACGGCCUAUCGGCAGCUCAUAGGCGUCCAGAUGCCUUUGAGCCAGGAGAAGCCAAUGACCAGCUUCUUCGCCUUGGCCAUCGAAACCACCCAGCUCCUGAUUACGACAAAGGGCUGCAUCAAGCUCAUCUUCGCCUUGGAGCCUGUACCGCGUCAGGGAAACGACUCGCUGUUUCUCCACGUGAUGCUGACUCUAGCAUCUCUGGUCCCUACGUUGCUGAUGUACGCUUCUGCUGUCAUCAUGGUUGACUGGCUAGACACCGGCAUCGCUUCGAGCAGCUUGCGGCCAGUCCCUCCUGCACCUUUUGGGUUGACACGGGCCAUGGUUUUCGGACCCAAACGUAUCUGGGUGCGUGAGCCAGCACCUCUACCACCGUGGUCGACAUCACGAAGCAAGCGACGAAGACACCAAACCCAGCACUCCACAUGGACUCUUCAGACAGCCAGCCGCCGCAUCCCACAGUAUGAACACAGCGCUCGUUAUGGCCCAGCUCCUAAAUUCUGCGGGCUGCACGUCUCAUUCGCCGAUGGCGUUCCUGCCUUCUCGACCGAGCGACAACUCGCGCAAGUAGCAAACCAAACCAGAGAGCAGAGCAAGGAAGAGCGCGGCCAGCACUACGACGCACUUUCCCCCAAAUCUAAGCAUCCCGUUGCGCCGUUCACGCCACCCAGCUCGGGUGAAGGCUUCGUCAGGAGCCGAGUCAGAUCACUAUCCGCGACAGCCAGUCCAGCUGCGAGUCCACUCGCCGGGAAGUCUCGGACUGUUCGAGCUGGAAUGGCAUAG